CAACAAAUUCAGAACUUUUAGGUUAUAUUCAAAGUUAUUUGAAUUUAAUUAAAUAUUAAUGACGAAAGUUGAAUUGUUAUUGUAGUAGCUUGUGUGGACUUUAAUUUAGUAUGUAAAUUAGUAAAUAUAUAUGCGAAGAGUACAAUAAAUAAUAGUAAAAAUGGCUGAAAGCGAUUCUAAGGAGGCUAAAAAGCCUAUGACUGACGAGGAAAGGCUCGCACUAAGUCAGAAGUUGGAUAGAGAGUUAGAUGAGUUCAUCAAUAGUUUGGAGAAGAAGAGGUACACAGAAGGAUGGCCCGAAGACAAGUGGGAGGAAGAAAUGGACAAGCAUCCUUUCUUCAUGAAAACGAAUCCAGACGGUGGUGAGAUGUCACCGUUGGCUGAGGGUCUGGCGAAGCUGAAGUAUGACCCUGAGGAGAACACUCCGGUGGAACUAGCUGGAAACUACAAGGAGGAUGGAAACUUCAACUUCAAACAUAAAAACUAUAGACUUGCUAUUAUGGGUUAUACUGAAGGCAUUAAGCAGCGAUGCAACGAUGCAGAGCUCAACGCCAGCCUCUACAACAACAGAGCUGCUUCACAUUGGCAUCUAAAGAACUAUAGAUCAGCACUGUUUGACAGUGAGAAAGCUUUAACAUUUAAUCCUAACCACGCUAAGGCACGUCUGCGGGCCGCGAAGUCCGCUCUAGAAGUAGCGAAAUACGACACAUGUAUAGAACAUUGUCAAAAGCUUCUAGAAACUUCCAAGGACAAUGAAGUACAAGAACUUUUGCAGACAGCAAAAAAGAAGAAGCUGCUCCAAGAACGAGACCAGAGGAAGAGGGAAAGGGGAAAGCAGAGAGCUGAAGAGCAAAAGGACUCCUUAAUCAAGACUAUUAUAGAGCGGGGAAUAAAGAUAUCGAAAUGUGAAGAUGAGGACGAUAUAGAUCUAUCAAAACUGGAGCCCACAUUACCAGGCGCUCAAGACUCGAUAGUGUAUGUUGAAAAUGGCCAGUUAAGGUGGCCAGUCCUGAUCCUAUAUCCCGAAUACCAGAUCACUGACUUCCUUAAAGCUUGUCCGGAGGAGGUUUCCUUAACUGCUCAGUUGGAACAAGUAUUCCCCGCUCCUUGGGAUGAAGACAACAAGUACAGGUGUGCGAGCGUCAACAUAUAUUACGAAGGGUAUGAUAAGAUGCCACACAUUAUAAACCCGUCCAAAAAACUCGCGGAUUUAUUGACGGAGAGAUAUUUCGAGUUGAAGGCGGGUACGCCGGCGUUCUUUGUGGUAGUCCGUGGCAGUGAUAUUGAACGGAAGUUCUUAGAAAGUUAUAUCUAAAAUUAUGUUAUCUUUGUGUAAGUUUUAUAUUUUGUUUUAAAUAAAUUGCAUCUUUAAGUGUU